AUGACAGUGCUGUGGGCGGCGCUGGUCGGCCUGUCGUGGGUGGGCGCCGGCUGCUUGAUGAGCUCCGCUUACGACGCCUACCUGCUGGAGCCCACCAAGUUCGCCGUGGACACCGCCUACCUCCACUGGGACACAGUUUUCCCGGCCGUGACCAUCUGCGAAAGGAGGAACAAGUCCAGGCUCACUGCGUACACCAAACGGACGUUCGGCGCUCGCCACAGCUGGCAGAUUGACCUGCUGCUGGAGACGCUGGCCUACGACUCUCCAAGCGAGCUGGCGCCCUCCUUCUGCCGCCGCGCCAACUGCCCCACGGACAACUUCUCCGCCAUCGUUGCACAGAUACACAGGAGUUGCGAGGAGCUGCUGUCGCGGUGCUGGUGGAACGGCGAGCCAUUCGCCUGCUGCCAGCACGCGCCACCCCUCAGAACGGAGGUGGGCUCCUGCUUCGCCAUCAACAGCGCCCAGACGGACGGGAAUGAGUCCGACAGAAAAAAAUUAACAUGCAAUCGCACGACGAGGCGCGGAUCAUUGAAGGUCGAAGUAAAAGCUGAAGUUAUAGUGUUCGUGCACCCUCGGGACGAGGUGCCGCACCUGACGACGACGGUGGCGCGCGCCGUGGUGCCGGCCCGCGGCGUGCGCCACCUGCACGUGGUGCGGGUGCGCGAAGCGCGCUUCGAGCCGGCCGUGGGCAGGAUGGUCGCGGCGCGGCGCGGCUGCCGCCUGCCCGGUGAAGUCGCCGACCGGCCGCCGCCGCUUUACCCCGUCUACUCGCGGGGCGCCUGCGUCGCCAGCUGCCGCGCGCACCGCCUCUACCAGCUCUGCAACUGCACGCCGCCGCUCACGCCCCGGCUCCCAGGCCACCCAGUGGGCAGGUGCAGCGUGUCGGCUGGUGACGCGGUGUACGGUGGUGUCGUGUUACCAGGCGCAGAGGAGUGCGACCUGGCGGGCCUCGGCUGCCUGCGGAGCAGCGCCGGCCAGUGGCUGCGGCAGGCGCCACGCUGGGGGCCUCCUGGCCGCGGCCUGCACUGCGACUGCCCGCUCGCCUGCCUCGACGCCGAGGUCGACACCAUCCACCAGCGCGCUGACAGCAUUGCGAGUCACACAUCAUUCUAUGAGCUGCAGCUUAACCAGUUGCCCACGGAACGGGACUUUAGGCUCGUCGCUAACGACGGACUCAGCCUUGUGGUGUCCAUCGGCGGGGCGGCGGGCCUAUUCGCGGGUGCCAGCCUGCUGAGCUUCGUGGAGCUGCCCUACUACCUGUGCCUCAGAACUCGCUGCUGCGCUGCCCGCCACCGUCGGCGGCCUCCACCGACCCCUCGUCUGAUGUUCCUGCCGUAG